UUUUUUCUUAUUUUAUAAUUUUAAAGAAACAUACACACGCGGACACGGCACGCACAUCGCAGCCACGCGUUUCCAUUUGUUUGCUUUCUCCUCCUUUUUCUCUCUCUCAGUGUCAAAUUAUCAAACAGAAGGUGAAGAGUCAUCCCACAUUCUUGGCUGCUGCUGCUUCUAUCUUCCGCAGCUUCUUCAAUCCUGGAACUCCCCCUGAUUUGCCCAGUUACUCUCUUCUUCCGAUCACUGCCGGGGUAAAACAGAUGGAGGAAGCAGCCUCUGAUUCAUCAACUGCCCCAUUUACGCUGGACUCCAUAAGAGACUCUCUGAUCAGGCAAGAAGACACCAUCAUCUUCACCCUCAUCGAACGAUCCAAAUUCCCCUUCAAUUCUGCCGCCUACGAUGAAUCUUUCCUCAAACCUCUCAAUUUUUCUGGGUCAAUGGUGCGAUUCGUCUUUGAGGGAACAGAGGCUCUUCAAGCCAAGGUUGGUAGGUAUGAAAACCCAAGAGAAAAGCCCUUCUUCCCGGAAAAUUUACCACUCUCAUUGGUGAACCCCAAGUAUCCGCAGGUUUUGCAUCCUGCAGCUGCUGACAUUAACAUAAACAAAACCAUAUGGGAUAUGUAUUUUAGCCAAUUGCUCCCAUUGUUUGUGGCUGAGGGUGAUGAUGGCAACUAUGGCCCAACUGCUGCCUGCGAUGUGGCUUGUUUGCAGGCUCUGUCUAGAAGAAUUCAUGAUGGGAAAUUGGUGGCUGAGAUUAAAUUCAAGGGUGCCCCACAAGACUAUGAGCCUGCAAUUCGCGCUAAGGGCAGAAAUGUGAUAAUGGAACUGCUAACGGAUGAGAGGGUUGAAGAGAUGGUGAAGAGGAGGGUUGAGAAGAAAGCCAUGGCAUUCGGGCAAGAAGUGACUCUUGAUGACAACAAAAACAAUACUGCCAAGUACAAAGUUGACCCAUCUGUCGUUUCUCACCUCUAUGGAGAGUGGGUGAUACCACUCACAAAGCUUGUUGAAGUGGAGUACCUCCUUCGCCGCCUCGAUUAAUUCCCUCAAAACUUCGAUUGUUGGCAUUUGAAAUUAUCUGAUGCCUUAAAAUAUCCAUGAUCUGUAUGUACUCCUCAACAAAUUAUUCAUGUAAUUUUGAUUCUUCAAUAAUGAAAUUAUGUGCAGUUUCAAGGCCAAA